AUGCUUGUUAGUUUUAGACGUUAUGCUACCGAGGCGGGAAAACGUCAGGUCAACCACACACAUUUCGAUCUACACGCAUGGCCUAAAUCAAGAAGGCCUUCUCCACACGAUAUAUUCGAUAUGGAUCCUUCCGAGGCUUCGUACAAAACAAGGAAGGAAUUCGAUAACAAAUUGAAGUCGACGUAUAAGAAAUUGGUUAAAAUGUACCAUCCUGAUCUUUCCGUGUCUCAUGACAUCGUGGAGGGAUCCACGGCAUUGCUGGCAUCCAAGAAGAGAGCCCGGUUCGACGAGAUCCAGAAAGCGUACGAGUUAUUGAAGGACCCAAGGAAAAGAAUCGCAUAUAAGAAGUACGAGCACACGACAUGGGAAGACUAUAAACCGGGCAAGACCUCGUCGUUCGAAGCAUACAGAAUGGCUAACGCACACAGAAGGCAGUACUCGUAUGAGAACGAUCCCAAAUUUUGGCAUGCUGCCACUUGGGAAGACUACUACCAUAUGAAAUGGGGCAGGUCCCCUCCAACUGCAGAGGAGCUUGAGAAGAAUAAGUGGAAGAUCCUAUAUCGCGUGCUUGGCGUGGCUUCCGUGGUGGUUGUGCUCCAGAUCAUGCUAGCUAUAGAACGUACAGACGAGUUCAAUCGACAGACGCGGCUUAUGAACCUUCGUGCCGACGCUGAUUUAAGAGAUAGCUACAAUAACUUUGAGGAGGGCCGCUCGCAAUUCCAGCGUUUGCGUCGUUUCUUGCUCUAUAGACGCUCGGGCCUUGCUGGCAGAGAUGAUGAAGGCAGCAAGCAGGAGGAGAACGAGAUAUUGACACGUUUCGCUCAGCUGAAAGUCGACCAAUUUAAGUAA